ACGACGCUGUAGCCACUCAACCACAUUCUAUCUGCUCGCCAUCAUAAUGUCUUCAGGCGAUGAAAUGGACGCAUGGAAGACUACGACGCGUCCAAAACCUCGUAAGAAGCAGCGCACCGUGUCCCCACAGCCGUCAACGUCUAAGCAAUCAAAUAAUCGCCAACUAAUAGCAGAAUCUUCCCACUCCCUCCCUUCCUCUUCAGACGAUAUCGAGCUCAUCGAUCCGCCACCUAAUCCACUUGCGAGUACGGUCCGUCCACAGAGAAAGAAGGGGCAAGGCAAGGCAUCCGAAAGUCGCCCUAAUGGGAAAGCCCCAGAUAGCCAGUCAAAGUCUAAGCAAGAAAGUCAGGCAAAGGGGAAAGCACCAGAGAGUCAAGCAAAGUCAAAAGACACUCACGCCAAACCAAAACCCGUCAAGCCUGCUGCCAAGAAACUUCCCUUUCCAGCUCCCAUCGCCGAAGACCUCUCGAAUCAUAGUGAACCAGAGCAUGAGCCUGAUAAAAUACCCCUGAGCCCACGUAUCCACAAGGAGCUUGAAAGGUGGAAAGCAAAGGCAAAAUAUUUGGAACAUCAGCGUGACAAGCUUUCGCAGCAACUCGAGGAACUUUUCCAGGUCCGAAAGACAGAUGCUGAACAAGCUCUUGAUGACCUUACGGCUCUAUAUGAUAGUCGUUCAAAAACACAACAAUCCAUCAUAUCAACCCUUCAAACACAACUUGCCUCCCAGUCGCCCUUCUUCCGGAUAUCCGAGUCUGAACCUGAGCCCAACCUUCCGUCCAGGUCGACACACCCACCCCUCAAUUCGAGCUCUUUAGCCAUUCCUCACUUCCUCACUCGUGCUACAGCUGAUGCUGAACAGCGCAUGUUGCACGAUAAGCUCGCACACAUGCAGAACGAACUCGCAGCUAAAGAUGCAGUUAUCGGGGAGCGCGAACGGCAAAUUGCCGAGCUUGAGCAGAGUGUGAAAGAUAUCCGCGUCGAACUUGAUGCCGAGAUUGCCCGCUCAAAGCAGCUUCUUGCGCGACAACCACACCCCCACACCAAGACCUCCUCCACUGAUGCAGACCCAAAACACGCUGCAACCAUCCGAUUCUAUGAGGAUUUUUCAAACCUCUUGGUCUUGAACGUCAAAUGGGAGCCGCGCAAUGGUGCGGAAGACGACAUCUUGCACACGUGUGUGUAUACGUAUGUUGCAACAGUGAAGGAUGAGACCGACGCAUUGGAGAAUGUGGAGAAGUCAAUAUCCUUCUCCCUUCGUGCCUACACCGAGGUGUCAGAUUCUGAAGACCCGGAAAUGGACCGGCGCGUCAAGUAUACCCCUCUCGAGCUUGAAAAAUUGAGCGAUAAUUUCAAGGAACGUCUUGGCUUCCUAGCGAGCGGGUUCACAUUCCCGCAUAAACAGGCUGCUCUAUUUUUGGGGAGUUUGACGCGCCAGAUGGAGACUGCCUUUGAGAGUGAGAGGACGGAAAGUGCAGCUGACGAACAUGAGGAGAGGAGAGAAGAAGUCGUCGAUGUGGACGAUCUUUAGUACUUUGGGGGGUGAGCCACAAGCCUGGGUUCACAGAUGCGUCGUUGUUUCCGAAUCGUUUGGUUCAUGUACACCCCACAUUACCCCACGGUGAUACCCGUUAUAUGUGUGUACAGUACAUAUAUGAUACACCGGCGUUGUGCUGUCAUUACAAUAUUGGUUUCUCUAUCAUAAAACUCCUGGUUAUGAC